GACUUCCUGUUUCAAACGAGCAACUUUGAAACAGCGUCCGCUGCAGCUAUGACAACACUGCGUUAAAGAUGGGAGGACUGACUCCAGCCAGGAAGCCUUCAAGCUCAAAACCACGACGAAAAGCUCUGAAAUGUACUGUAGAACUAAAACUUCAUGCUAUCACUUGUCCAGGGGUCCUGUUACCAUCCCAUGAGGACAUCUACUUGAGCGUCCGGAUGAUGGGACAAUACCACAAAACAAAGUGUGUCUCCUGUGCCUUCCCUCUUCUGCUACAUGAAAAGAUGGUGUUUACUAAGACCUUCUCAGGAGCAUUUGACCCUGGUGAUAUAGCUGAUCAUCUGGAGAAUGAUGCAACCUGUUUGGAGCUCAUCCAGCUUGUUCCACCAGAGGGUGAAAUUCUGGCCACAUUUGAGGAGAACACCAGAGACUUCCUUUAUCCAGGCCUAAGCCUGAUUCCCCAAACCCCAGGUUCAGAGAGAGAAGUUCUCAUGAAGAAAUCUGCCUCGUUCCCGGGGAUUUCACCCAAAGUGGAAUUUUCAACCAUGUCUGUUAUUGAGGAGUGUGAUAUGAAAAGUAGCCAGGCAGCUGUCUCAUCACGUGGAGCUUCAGCCUCUAAGGCCUGUCAUGUAAGACCAAGAAAGUCAAAGCCAAGUGCAGCAGAACCAUGUGGCUACCAGAGGCCUACAGUAGCAUCACAGAGCCGCUGCCCAUCACCAUACACUCACCGUAGGAUGUGCCAACUCACUGACGAUGCCACACAGCGCCUCCGCCACCUCCAGCUCGGACCCUACACCUUUAAGAAAGACACGGCGCCUCAGCCGCCUUUUGUGGUUCCUUGUAGUCCCAACUCUUCACUAAUUGAAUCUCCAACAACAUCUCCAGCUCUACAGUCUUCACCUAAAAGAAACUCCUUCCACCAGACAUCUGUAAGAGGUCAUUCUGUGAGUGUGUGUCCUGUAUCUCCUGGGGGGAAGUCCACACCGUUCCUCAGCAGUCCCUCUCACAGAAGAAACCCUGCUUAUCAGUCCACCCCUGUGUCCAGCAGCCGCAGGGACCAGAGUCCACUGCUCAGCCGCUCCACGCUCAGAGAAAGGUUUCAGAGCCCAUCCAGUCCCUCACAAUGCCAAGAGAUCCACAGACGAGUUCAGAAGAUUUUACGCACUCAUGCCACUCCCCGCAAACUCUCCUUUGAGGAGCAGAGUGAAGAAGGAGAAUCUGGUCCCUCCUGCCAUGAAUCACUGCGUCACAGCCAGCUACAAGCAGACAGGGUUAUUCCUGGAGAGCCAUCUGUUCAUUUAGAUAACGGAACAUUCUGGACCAACAAAGCUGCCAAAUACACCGGGAAGUCCCACAGAGCAGUGUUUGAGGACAGCCUUGGCAAAAUCUACAAGAACCUGUACAGAAAAGCAUCAAGUCCCACACACAAUGACUCACAAAGCACCUGGACAUAGUCACCUAUCCAAGAUGGCUAGUUUUUAUUUAUUUAUUUCAUCAUAAGCCAAACUAAAGUUUCUGUGCUAAUGUUCUUAACCAUGCAUAAUAAUAAUGUGUAUCCUGGUUAUAUGUGCCGAUUGAUUAUUUAAGUAAGAAAUAAAACAAGGCAGGCAUGCUAUUAUAGCAAGAUAAUCAACAACAGGAUGGUGUGGCUCAAUCCAAAAUGGAGUUAGUUACCACCCUGAAGUGGAUUACCUUCCCAUAACAGCAUGUCCUUCAGUGUUUUAGUCCUAUUUUACCACAGCAAUUUGCAAAUUAUUAUAAUUAUUAUUUGUGUUAUUAAUACAAUGACACAGCUCUCGUUUGCUCUCUCUUGAAGUUAAGGCAACUUAUGUUACUGAGACACAUCCCUCCAUCCUCCUGUGACUCUUGGCAGAGCAUCUUUACAAAAGUUACACUUGAACUGUUAAAAAGCUCUGACACUGGGGACUCCUUCCAUAAAUGCUAAAUGAACUUCUUACAGAAAGCUUCACCAUAUCAAUAAUUACACAUGGCAUCUAUGUGCCAUAUAUCCAGUGUGCAGCCACAAAGCUGAUCUUAAAUAAGGAACAACACACAACAGAUCAUGCAAUUGUACAAAAAUGAUCCAGGCCAGCGUGAUGUGCUCUGGCCUGAUGCGAAGAGGAUUAUUUUUGUAUAACAGCACAGCCUGAGUACCAAUGAUUACAGUGUUUAUUAAUGAACAGUGUCACAUUUUAAUGGUUUAUAGUUAAUGUCGUCGAGUGUCCACAAGUCGUUAGUCCCUGUUAUUACUUACUUAGAUUGUUGCUACUCUUUUUUUUCUCUCUCUCAAAAAAAAAAAACACAGCUUGUCAUUUUGUUGCCACAAAGUUGGACGUACACAGUUGUAUAGCACGGCAUUACAAAUUCCCUUCACUGGAACCAAGAGGCCCAAGCUUUAUAGAAACCUACAAUUCAUGUUACAGCUGGAACUACUGUAACAAUAAUGCACACCUUCUGACUAAUCAGAGUCGAGAAUUCAACCAUGUUGAAUGACCUUCACCAGUGCUGUGGUACAAUCAUGAACACUGAGGUCCUCUUCCUCUGUGAUAAUGAUGUGAGUGCUGUUUCCAGACAGAAGAAAAACUGAGCCACACAGCAGGCUGGUGUACAUGAUUUAUUGGUGAACAGUCUGUGAGAGGUCUUAAAUGAGAACUGUCAUGUCGAAUCCUCCAAACUGGUGGCACAAGUCAAGCUUCUUCAAUCAGGAAAACAAAAACAGACAUAAAGCUACUAAUGUGUUUAACCUUGCUUAGUUCUGUUUUACAGUUUUUCUUUACACUUUAAAAAGAUUCUGUAUUACAUACAUUUUAGUGGAGUAUUAAAAUGGUAAAACACCCUCAAUUAAAAUUCAUUACAUUGAAAAAUCUGUCUUACACAAUAAAGACUGUACCUAAGCUCACAUGA